AUGGUGAUACCAAAUGUAUCGGGAUAUCAAGUUUUUGUGCACAAUGAAACGCAACCAUUUCCGACAGCUCCCCGUAUAUGGCAACUUAUAUCCUAUGAUGAUGGGACGACAGUCGCUCGCGUAAUUCACAAAGAUCCCAAUGUCAAUAGUACCAACACCACCACAUUCAUAGACCAGAGGUUAUCCUUACGCAUCAUUUAUCCCAAUGGAACUGUAUCGGAAAUAGACAAAGAUCCGAACAUCCCAUCAUUUAACUAUGCAAUCACUUUAGCUACCCCGGAUGUUUUUGAUCCGAUAAAUAUACGAGUUCUACAAGUUGGCUACGUUCUUGUUACUUACUUCGACGCUUCUGAUGCAAAGAAUUAUUCUACUUAUGAAGAAUGGGGUUUGAUCAUGGGUUGGGAUGGAACCAUCCAUAGGUUGAGAUUCGGCUUCGCCUACACAAAUUCUGGUCUCUGGAAUCCAGAUGUGACGUCAGUAGUGACCAACAUUGAUCCGAAGAAAGGUUUUCUCAGGAUAUCAGGUAUCAGAGAAACCAAUAAUGUUGAAUGGCAACAAUACUUCAUGGAUAGCAACUUUCAACUCGACAUGAUGUCAUCAGGAGUUAUUGCAAACUCGCUCCUCGCUUUCGGAAGCAGUCAGGUCGAUGCGAUUGCUACUAUUGAUGAAGGUUACGCCAUAAUCAUUGCCAACUCCACAUCCGUCCUGACCAGACCUGUUAAUCCCUUGUCUGUUCGAUCAGGAGUGUAUGCCUUUACCAAAGCAUUCGACGAUCAACAAUUUGGCUCUACCUUAUUACUAUACCAGUCUCCUGUAGAAGGUUUAAAUUUCACCUCACUAAAAUGCGAUGUCUCCUGGGUUGGCAUCGGAGAACUUUGUUCAAUUACCCUCCAACAAACAGAUUCUUUAUCACUGCUUAAUAAUUAUACCACCUUUUAUAUAAAACUCACUUUUCUGUCGUCCGGAUCUGUCACCGGCUUCACUCCAAUCUCCCGACAAUUACCUCAUUCUACCAACAUCACAGUACUCGAGUGGCAAGUGAGAACGCUGCCCUAUGGAGGUUACCUGCUAUAUUCAUACACUCAACUGCCGUCAGAGCUGAAAAUUUACGGUUAUGUUUAUGAUGAUGUCUCUGUCAACCCCACAAAUUGGGAACUGUCGGAACCUAUGCUCACGAAUUUACGUGGGACCUUCACAGUGUUGCCAAACAAUACCAUGUUACUUUCCCAACCCGAGUCGAUUAAUUCCUGGUCUUUGAUCAACACCGAUCUUCCCAAGUUCGCAGCGUCUAGGGAUCAUGGGUAUUUCAAUGUUCAAGUGAAUUCCACGAAUCCCGCAAUCUCUUCAACGAUUUCAACUUCGACAAAUAAUAUCACCAUUUCGUUCUUUGAUCCUGUGAUUCUUUCCGUCGGAAAUAUUUCAAUUUAUCAAGUAGAUGCCAAUCGUAAUACCGAUAAUCUUCGGCAAAUUGUUUCUGGAACCCUGAGCUCUGACUUUUGUUCUAUUUCCGGUGACGGAUUAACAGUGACCGUCAAAACUAUCGACAGUACCUUCAGCAGACCCGGUGUUCAAUAUUUCGUUCAAGUAGACAACAAUUUUGUGCAAGACAAAGCUUAUAAGGAGCCCCUGAUGGGCAUUCGUGCGAACGUUUGGAAUUUUAACACGGGCACGGCAUACUUCGAUGGCCUCGACGACAAUGGUAAAAGUCGAUUCUUUUCGAAUCUCCUAACAGAAUUGUCCAACAUUCUUCCCGUCUCUCUCGAUCGCCUAAGCUCAAAUGAGAAAACCCAGGUCGAUUCUUCAAUUAGCCCAGGCACACAGAUACUCAUCUCCCUCAACAUCGAAUCAACCAGAGACGAAAGGGAAAGAAACGUGCCAGCCAUUGUGAAGGAUUUAAAUACAAUGGUUGUAAACAAAGCCGUCACCCCAAUUGGAUUGAAUCCGACCACCCGAUAUUUGGACGAUACCUACGGAUUCUCGCCAACGGUAAACUUAUGGGAAAAAUACAGAAUGCAAUUGUUAAUAAUUUUUUUGACAAUUGUUCUUCUCGUCGUUCUCUUUGUCUUGGCACAAAGAAGGGAGAGAAAGGGUCGUAACAUUGCCAUCUUACAACUUGGGGUUAUCCUCUUCGAUUUGUUUAUGGAUAUCCUUUUCGUCAGUAACAAUGGGGAGGAUGUGAAGUCACUUUAUGUCCCAAGUGUAAUAUUCUUGACUGUUCCUAUUGGCCUCAACACUAUUUGGGCCUUUUUGAUUAUUAUGGACGAAAAUACACGACCCGAAUUCUUUAAAUGGUUUUCACGACACGGGAAAGUAGCAUCGAUAUUUACCGUGUUGUCGGGUGCGGAUAUUGAGGCGCUGACUGUCCUUUAUUCGAGUCUUGCCGGUUUCCCAUUCUUCAACGCGCCAUUUUCGGAAACGGCAAAAACUAGAAUUUUCUGGGCCGCGUGCCUAAACAUUUUCACCGAAGACAUACCGCAGAUGGUCAUACAAGUGAGAGGAAUCCAUGCGAUUUUCUCGAUAACAUUAAAGUAA